AUGCGGCUGGUAUCCGCGUGGGCCGUCCUGCUGGCUACCGUCGUGGCCCUGGUACAAUGUUCCAGACUGACCCCUCCCGUCCUUCCUCUGAUUGUGCGCAAUCCCUAUCUGAGCACGUGGCUGGCCAAUGCGAGAGAUGCACCUUGGGAGAAAUGGCCCAUGUUUUGGACUGGCCAGGAGGUUGGAUUGUCUGUCCUGGCUAGCAUCCCAGGUCAGAGGACGGUAUACCCGUUGCUCGGAAGACCCCAAGACUCGUUGCAGAAAGAGGAUGACAGUUACAUCCUCUCUUCUCCUAUAUAUCACGGUGCCCAGUACGAUGCGUCCACCACCAACUUGUCCUACUCCAUUCCUCUCCCUGCUUCAUAUUCUUCCUCCAGCAAACUGGACAUCACGCUUUCGUUUCUUUCCCCUAUAACCCCCACUUCCACGGUUAGACAGUCGGUCCCUGCCAGUUAUAUCACCGUCUACGUCCAUGGAAAUGUACCGGUGGACAUAUACCUGGAUCUCAAUGGCCUGUGGGUCAGCGGGGACCGAGGGAGUAAGAUCGUCUGGGCCCUCACUCAUACCGCUCUGGAUGGCGUGGACCCCGGGUUCAUCAGCUGGGAAGUUAAGCGGGAAGUCGAACAGCUCUUCACCGAGUAUCAAGAUCGCUCGGAAUGGGGCACGCUGCACUUUUCAGCCCCGUCCAAUGUGCGGCAUGAGGCGGGCACAUCGGCACUAUUAAGACAGCGCUUUGCCCGGACCGGCACUCUUCAAGACUCCGUGGACAAUCGGUUUCGCUCUAUUAUGGACGAAGAGCCAGUCUUUGCCUUCUCCAAGUCGUUUGCCUUGAAUGCCAGCGCCAGCGCCCACUCGGUGCGUGAGGAUAGCGUCACCUUCACGGUUGCCCACAUCCAAGACCCUGUUGUGCAAUUCGCCUCUGCCCGUGGCCUGACUCUUAUGCGACCUCUUUGGGAAUCCUACUUCCCGACCGUCAGCCACCUACUCACCUUCCACUAUCUGGACUUCCCACAGGCAAACGCACUCGCAGCCAAUUAUUCCGCCCAACUUGCCAUUGACGCCUACAAGUCUGGUGCCGAGGACUAUGUUGACAUCGUGGCACUGUCAGCUCGUCAGGUGCUUGGAGCUACGAGCUUCUCGGGCACCCCAGACGAUCCAAUUUUGUUCUUGAAGGAAAUCUCAUCCAAUGGGAAUUUCCAGACCAUUGACGUUAUCUUCCCAGCCUUCCCAUUUUUCCUCUACACGAAUCCGCGAUGGCUUGGAUAUCUUCUUGAACCCUUGAUCGAGCAUAUGCUUAGUGGGCAAUAUCCGAACAAGUAUGCCAUGCACGACCUCGGAACCCAUUUCCCGAAUGCUACUGGCCACUUCGACGGCCGAGACGAAUACAUGCCUGUAGAGGAAUGUGGAAAUAUUCUCAUCAUGGGCCUAGCAUUGGCCAACUCCUUGAAAACGGAGGCAAACACUUCUGUCUCGGCUGCAUGGCAACCGUGGGGUGAAGCGCCAUCCAAGGACCCGAAGAGCGACAGCAUUGCUCCUUUGGCAGUGGGACAGCUUGAUGGCGUCCGCUAUAUCGAUGAACCCUGGGUCGGGAAAAAGAAGAGUCUGAAUCGGGCCAAGAAAUGGGUCAGCAGGAGUUACCGAUUGUGGAAACAGUGGACAGGGUAUCUGGUGGAAUUCUCCUUGGAGCCUCACAAUCAACUGUCGACAGAUGACUUCGCCGGAUGGCUGGCCUUACAGACCAACCUUGCUCUCAAAGGCAUCAUUGGCAUCAAGGCCAUGGCCGGUCUUGCCCGGCUGAUCGACAACCACGAGGAUGUCAAAGUCUAUAAUAACAUCUCAGAGGUCUACAUCGCAAAGUGGGAAGAACUUGGGAUUUCCCGAGACAAGACGCAUGCCAAACUUGCGUAUGACUGGUAUGGCUCAUGGACGACCACAUAUAAUCUGUAUGCAGACAGUUUGCUGUGCUUCCAUUUGGCCGAGGAGGACUCUACGCAAGGGACCAGCAUUGGCGGACGGGACAAAUCCCAGAAGCCACUGAAGGACAUCGAUGGCGACAAGAUGGGCUUCGUGCCGAAGCACAUCUACCAAUUGCAGAGCGAUUGGUACUACGCAGUUCGGCAAAAGUACGGACUCCCACUGGACUCUCGACAUCUCUAUACCAAGACGGACUGGGAAUUCUUCGCCAUGGCGGUUGCAGCGCCCAAGGUGCGAGCGGAGAUCUUGCAAUCGGUGGCGAAAUGGGUCAAUGAGACGGAUACCGACCGUCCACUGACGGAUUUGCAUUCGACCGAGGGCCGUGGAGGGUUCCCCGGCCCCAAUUUCUUCGCGCGACCCGUCGUUGGUGGGCAUUUCGCAUUUUUGGCACUGGAACAGGCAUGCAAUGGUCGAGCUACCGAAGGCUUGAAGUUCUUGGACGAUGGUGUGGUGAAGGAGGUGGAUGUCCAGCGUGCACUGGAACAGGAACGAGGAGAGGCGGAUUUCUUCGCGGGGGAACUGUAG